AAAGCAUCUAGUUUUCUGUCUCCUUCAGCCAUUAGUACCUGGUAUAAACAGUAACUCACCAACACUGACAGACAGACAGACAGACAGACAGAGACGCACAUACAGACUUGAAAAACCUGCAAUUUUCCUCCCCAAAUCUGCCUCGUCAUGCGCUCUCACAAACGCAUUCACCGCUAAGGCGGGCACCCGGAUGUAAACACUGAUUUAAGCGACUGAACAGAGCGGCACAACUCGAUACGCAAGCCGUCGCUGUGUCGUCACAGACGCUGUUACCUGUAGCAGUCACAUCGAUACAACAGUUGGCAGAUAGUGGACAUCUUCUAGGCGGGGGAAAACUAAACGAUGGAACGACAAAAUCUAACAGCGGACCCCAUGAUUAAAGAACCCAGCAAGAAAGGUUCCCUUCUGUUCAAAGUGAAAUCCUUUUUGCGAAGGGACGCUCUGCUUCUUCUGACAGUUGCUGGGAUUAUAGUUGGGUUUGCAGUCGGAUUCGGUGUCAGAGAACUGCAUCCAUCCAAGGACGCCCUCAUGUGGAUAGGUAUGCCAGGAGAGCUGUUUCUACGCAUGCUCAGAAUGAUGAUUCUUCCGUUGAUUGUCUGCAGCGUUAUUUCAGGAACUGCAUCUCUGGAUCCGAAGUCCAAUGGGAAAGUUAGUGUCGUAGCUUUCGUCUUCAUCGUAGCAACAAACAGUCUGGUCUGUAUAGAGGCGAUUGCUCUACAUUUCAUCAUUAAACCAGGGUCUGAGCAGUUGAGUGUUGAUGAAAGUGUCACUCGAGAGAUAAUGGAAACUCAGGAUAUAUUCGCCGACAUGCUCAGGAACAUUGUGCCGGACAACGUGGUGGAAGCGACAUUCAGACAGGCCCAGACACAGUACGCGUCCUCGGUGACGGACGUAGCGAGGAAUAACACCAACGCCACUGUCGUAGAUGUCGUCACACACGUCACCAAGUCCCUGGGCAAGUCGGACAGUGUUAACGUGCUAGGUCUGAUCACAGCUUGCACCAUCAUCGGCAUGGCCGCCAGCGCGCUGAAGGACAAAACCGAGAUCUUCCUCAAGUUCUUCUCAGCUGCCACGGAAAUCGUUCUUCUGAUCCUCAGAAAAUUCUUUUGGGUAGCACCUCUGGGUAUAGGGAGCCUCAUCGCAGUGUCGGUGGCUGGAGUGAGCAACAUCACGGGCACCUUCUCACAGCUGGGGAUGUUUGUCGUUGCUGUUACAGUUGGCAUUCUGUUUCAUUCCUUCAUUGUCCUGCCCGCCAUCCUGUUUGCACUUACAAGAAGAAAUCCCUAUGCCUACCUUCUGACAAUCAUUCGACCCUGUCUCAUCGGCUUCGCCUCCACAAGCACAGCUGUGGCCAUUCCUGAGAUGCUAGAAUCAUGUGAAGUAAAAAACGGUAUCGAUUCCCGAGUGAGUCGCUUUGUAAUUCCAUUCAGCGUCACGCUGAACGCCGAUGGCAGCGCCCUCUACAUUACGUCAGCAGCGUUAUUUAUAGCCAACCUAAGUGGUGUGGAGGUCACAUCCGGCGUCGUGGCAAUGAUAGGUGUGUUAACAGCUGUAGCAGCAAUGGCAAUCCCAUCCGUCCCAAGUUCCAGCAUCGUUACUUUAGUCAUCAUACUGACGUCCGCCAACAUACCUGUUGAUCACAUCGCUCUUUUGUUUGCAGUCGAGUGGUUCUUGGACCGCAUUCGUACACCAACCAACAUUGUAAGUCAUACUUUCAACGCGGCUGUUACCUACAGGUUCUGCAAAGCCGACCUCCGAGCUCUGGAUGAAGCCAGGACGAAAGAGGAGGAAGCAGAGAUGACGUCAAUUUCUCCUGCAUGAACAAAUGACAAUGAUUGAUGACACACGUGUACAUGAACUCCACAGCAUGGAAGGAAUACUUACAUAGACUUGUGAAUACAUUAGCAUAUUUCUGGAAACUUACGUAUUCAAACUGUUCACUCUGGAUCUGGUUCAGUGGGCGAACAGAAUCUGACAUCCAGGAAUGUUUGUGCAAUGACAUUACGCUGUAUUAAGGAGAAGAAAACUGAAUAUACCAACCACUCUUAGUACUCGCCUUGUUAUAGAUACUAAUCUGGUGACCUAGGAACCUCUAUUCACCACAUGUAGGUAUCCUUAUAUACCUGGUCAGUUGCUGACGCUGUAUUUAAUUGUCAGGUAUUGGUCAGAAGUGUUGAUAUGGGUACGUCAAAUAGUCGUAUAAAAUGCGGACCCGUGAUGAUAUGGGCUUGGAUCUGCCUUCAGCAACCCAGGUAACUAAAGGCUCGUGUGUUCAGCCUCGCUGAUGCUCAUGGUUGAAGUCAGUGUUGUUGGUCCAGACUCCUUACAGACCGCCGUCGUAUACAUGCAGUUAGAAACUGCUGAGUGCAAAACAAAACUUAAAUACGCUUCCUCUAUUGAUCGAACAUUAGUAUGUCAGGUGUAUUUAUAUCGUGAUUGUCUAGUCAAAACAAAUACACUGUUGGCCAAAGCAAAGAAAACACCGAUGUGUAAACACCGAUGUUUCAUGGUGGCUAAACAUGAAACACAUAUGAAAUGGUUAUUGGAUGGCGAUGUAUUUGAUUCGGGGAUGAUAGUUAUGUUUGGAGCCUAAGUUUACCGUACUGCGUAGAAUGUAUUCCACCUGUUAACGUUUGUGAUGUUCAGUGCCGAACAGUUUGCCGGUGAUACGUUCUUUUCUCCGUCAGUUUACUCAGUAAUUAUUUAACCCAAACUCUUGCUUCAUAUUCCUUUGUAUUUCUGGUGGCGUCGACACAAGCGAUUAUUAUAUCUGACCAUUUCAGUUUCAAAAGCGAAUUGAACUUUUAACAAAAUGAAAUUAUGAUAAAAACAUGCUUUCGGUAAUCAUGUUUUUGUUAAAUAGAUCAAAAGCAGCAAACUAAGGUACAUAUAUGUGGUGACGUUAUUCCUAGAAACAAUAAAUCACCUCCAGUAUGUUCAUACAAUGGGGUUUGACAACGGUGGUGGUGUUACGCUAUGUCCACUGUCAAAUCUAGUUCGAUACAACGAUGGUUAACUGUACAUAAAUAUUUCACGCUGAACUUUCAUGUGUGUUCAAUAUGUUUCAAUUCAUAUUAAUAAUGUGUUUAUCAAAAUGUGAUGACUAAAGAUAAAAAACCUCCUAGUUUGUGUAUGUAGGAAGGAGGAAUGUGCCAGAUGUCAUCUGAGCAGAAGGGCUAUAAUACCCCCUGUGGUAUGGUUUCGAAAGAAGGUACCAGAUUGACCUUUUACUAUAUUCACUUUGUCUAUACCGUUGGUGUAGGCCGUCGGGCAUGGCACAUUAUCCACUAUAGUAUACAGCUCAGUUUAAAACAGCAGGACACACCCAGAUCAUUAGAACCUACGCUUUUAACUAGCAUUGUAUAUAUAUUUCAUUUCCUUUUCAUAGUACUAUAUUUGUCUUCGCUCGCUGCUUACUUCCUCUGAAAGUAUAUUUGUAUGUUUAGAGUUGACGGGGAAAAGAUUUAACACUCAAUAGAAGGCUAUAAGCCGCUCUUCGCUAUACGCUCAGUUUGCUUGAGACAUACUAAGCUCCAUCCGUAUCAGUUUGUGGGUAUAAUUUGUACAUUAAAAUGGAAGAUAAAAAAUAUUUACGUGUCAUUUGGGACAUAGAACGCUUAAAUAGGAUCCAUCUCAUCUCUUGUACAACUUAAACAAGGUCCAGGUCAUGUGUUGUCUAACUUAAACAGGGUCUAUGUCAUGUCGUGUACAACUUAAACAUGAUUCAUGUCAUGUCUUGUACAACUUAAACAGGGUCCAUGUCAUGUCUUGUACAACUUAAACAGGGUCUAGGUCAUGUCUUGUACAACUUAAACAGGGUCUAUGUCAUGUCUUGUACAACUUAAACAGGGUCUAGGUCAUGUCUUGUACAACUUAAACAGGGUCUAUGUCAUGUCGUGUACAACUUAAACAGGAUUCAUGUCAUGUCGUGUACAACUUAAACAGGGUCCAGGUCAUGUCUUGUACAACUUAAACGGGGUCCAUGUCAUGUCUUGUACAACUUAAACAGGGUCUAGGUCAUGUCUUGUACAACUUAAACAGGAUUCAUGUCAUGUCUUGUACAACUUGAACUGGGUCUAGGUCAUGUCCUGUACAACUUAAACAGUGUCCAUGUCAUGUCUUGUACAACUUAAACAGGGUCCAUGUCAUGUCUUGUACAACUUAAACAGGGUCCAGGUCAUGUCGUGUACAACUUAAACAGGGUCUAGGUCAUGUCUUGUACAACUUGAACAGGGUCAAGGUCAUGUCUUGUACAACUUAAACAGGGUCCAUGUCAUGUCUUGUACAACUUAAACAGGGUCUAGGUCAUGUCUUGUACAACUUGAACAGGGUCCAGGUCAUGUCUUGUACAACUUAAACAGGGUCAAGGUCAUGUCUUGUACAACUUAAACAGGGUCCAUGUCAUGUCUUGUACAACUUAAACAGGGUCCACGCUUUGUCUUGUACAAUUUGAACAGGGUCUAUGUCAUGUCCUGUAUAACUGAAGCGGGAUCUCGGGUUAAUUCAGCUGACAGCCUGAGCACGUAUGACGUCAUGCAUCAUUUUGUCAGUUAGCUUGUAAUGCUAUAAUGUUCGAGUUUCACAAAGGACACUUAUGGAAAUAUUGUCAUUGUCAAACUAUGGGCACAGGUGGUGUUCAAGACGUGUGUCAGAAAAUAGACUUGGUUGCACUUGAUUUGGUUGAGCAAUCGUUUUCAUCACUACAUUUUUAUAGCAGUACUCAUACAUGUGGGGAAUCGAAUCAUAAUUGGAGUUCAGCUUGCUGGUGCUAUGGUGGAUACGACGGGCCGAGCCCCGGGUAAUACUGUACAUGAAUUGUAAUAUGUCUCUAUAAAUGUAUUGUUUUGUCCAUAUUUGAAUCAAAAUGUAUAUUCAACAGCGAAUUCAAUAAAAGCUAUGACUACAUAUCAAUCAUGA